AUCCGUGUAACCAUCGAAAGCAUCGUGAACGUUCAGGCAGCUGUUAUCCUUUACGGUUCACGAUCAGUCGCUGCCACGCAUAGAUUAACAAAGUAUCUGAGUAUUGCAGUACCCGCACAUCCAAUCUCAUAUUUCCAUACGACUAUUAUAAGUACCUACAUAACCAGACGAGUUAUUGGAAUACUUUAAAUGAAGAUAUGUUUAAAUAAAACAUUCAACACAAGUCACGUCAACAACUAAAAGAAGUGCUUGAACAUAAUAUCAUAUUGGUACACUUCCAGUACGUCAUUAGUCAUUACCUAUAGAACAUUAUGCCACAUACUGGUCAAGCUGGCGUUAACCAAUUAGGUGGUGUAUUUGUCAACGGUCGCCCAUUGCCCGACUACGUCAGGAGGCGUAUAGUACAGCUAGCUCUGUUAGGUGUUCGCCCAUGUGAUAUAUCUCGACAACUUCUGGUUUCACAUGGAUGCGUGUCAAAAAUCUUAACUAGAUUUUACGAAACUGGCUCCAUACGGCCGGGCUCUAUCGGUGGUGCUGGAUUACAAAAAAAUAAGACAACACAAGGACAUUUUUCCAAAAAAAGUACCAGAUGCUGCAAACAAGAUGUAUCAAACAGGAUGGCCGGAUCUCUAAAUGCAACUCCUCCGAUACGCAACCUACCUUGGAUCCAUCCUUUGGACAUGUACUACGAACGAAUCCACCAGCACAUUCAUGAAAACGGAUCGGCGAGGGUCGCCGGCGGACCUUCAAACGGCCAACUAGCGCCGCCGGGCCCAAAGAAGCCGCACACGCCUUACACCAUCGAAGAGAUAUUGAAACCCACGGCUCCGCGGCCGCGGCCACCAUCGCCGUGUGGCCUACUCGUGGACGGAGUGUGCACGUGUGGCCUCACUGCAGGUAACGUUGUGUCAGCGGCGUUUUACGUCGACGUGCAGCAGCAGCAGCAACAAUUUAUAUGCAGUCAGCCACUGCACCGUUUUUGAAACCACUCGUAUACCUACCUACCUAUCUACCUACCUAUUUUGUUUAUUUUUAAAGAUUAUUAUUAAUUUAAUUGUAAUAUUAUUGUGUCCGUGACGAAAAAAAAUGUUUCAAAGUAAUUUUAAGCUACCUAUACACAUAAUUGUUAUUGAAUCGGUGUAUAAAGGAUUCAGGUACUAUUUAUUUGUGUGCAGUAUGUUUGUAAAUAAAGUAUAAAUUCAUUUUGGCGCUAUAGAAAUCAAAGUGAAUUCAUCUUAGUAUACAUAGAAAAAA